AUGCCUAAUUCAUCCACGGCAUGGCAUUUCAAACUGCAAUUUUCUGAGAACAUCGACUACCAAGGCGGCGACGUUCGCGAGCGUCCAGUCUACCAGCUCUUCUGCAUGUUCAAACAGCCGUGGGUGUGUGCUUCAUGCCUCGCGAAAGGGUUUCGUGUCUCUCGUAGAGUGCAGAGGGCCGCCCUGAGUAACAUCAGCCCACUACGACAAGCGGAUGUGUCCAGUGCUACCAUAUAUCCAGCACUCCUCUCACGUGCUCGACGCAUAGCUGCGGAACAUAAGCUGUUGUCCAAGCAGCUGGAGAACGACUAUUCUCUUGCGAUUGCGAAGAAGGCGGGCGCUUUGGCGUCCAUAGUCGACGAGCUGCAGAAAUGGGAGAAGGCAAACGAGUCGUUGCGUGAGCUCCAAGAGCUCCUGCGUGACCCGGCUACAGAUGCGGAGCUGAAAACGCUGGCGUCUGAAGAUCUCGAAUCCACAGUGGCACAGCUGCAUGGUGCUUCGCAAAGUCUUACCGCCUCGCUGGUCCCAAAGCACCCAUUUGCGGAUCUGCCAUGUCUCAUAGAGAUACGACCUGGUGCUGGCGGAUCAGAGGCGGGGCUCUUUGCUCAUGACCUGCUACAGAUGUACAAAGGCUUUUGUUCAAGCAGGGGGUUGCGAGCUACGGUUCUUGAAGAGAAGAGGGACGAUGGCACAAAUGGGAUGGCAAUUGUGGAAGCUGUCUUGUCUGUCGAGUCGCCCGGAGCGUACGGUAUUUUAAGAUGCGAGGCCGGCGUCCACAGAGUACAGCGCGUGCCGGAGACCGAGAAGAUGGGCCGUACACAUACAAGCUCUGCUUCUGUCAUGGUGUUGCCUUCCUUCAGCGACGGCGCUGUUGAAGAGAUGGACAUUGAUGAUCCCAAAAGCGACUUCUACGUCGAUCCCUCUGAGGUUCGAGUGGACGUUAUGCGCGCAUCUGGCGCAGGCGGCCAACACGUCAAUCGUACAGAGUCCGCCGUCCGCCUUACCCAUAUCCCGACCAAUACCGUAGUCUCCAUCCAGACAGGACGUUCGCAGCUGCAGAAUCGGAAAACGGCGUGGGAGAUCUUGCGAGCACGGUUAGCCCAAUCACGAAGGGAGAAACGGGAAGAGGAGAUGCUCGCCAUGCGGAGGAGCGUUGUGGGGGUAGCCAAGAUUGGUCGUGGGGAUAAAAUACGAACAUACAACUGGUCACAGCAGCGUGUCACCGAUCACCGGAGCGGCCUAAGCGUGCACGGAAUAGAUGGUAUCAUGGCUGGCGGUCCCAAUUUAGAAAAGCUCAUGGACAGCGUGCGGAAAUGGAUGGUAGAAAAAGAGGUCGAGAGUAUGAUUGCUGAAGUCAAGGAUAACGAGAAUGGAGAGAUCGCGACGUCAAAGUCUCCUCGAGAGUAGGGUUUAGCUCUACGUCAGUGAGCACUUGCGGACUGCUAGCCAUGAUGAGAUGCUUUUCCAGAACUAAAGUCACACUGAACUGUUGACGAGGGCUCAUUUCAUGAGCUAAUCAUUUCCUGGUUAUUGCCUUAAUUGUACAUUACCACAAAAGUCUCAAAGACAUCUUUCUUGACAUCAAAAGCUGUCGAGCACACUAAAUUUAGAAGCAACAGCUUAAACGGUAAUGGCACAAAAUGAAAGCAUGCUACCGGAUAUGUGGAAAUUUAGCUAUCCUCUUUAUGACGAUUUAUGAUUGAAGCCGAGCCUAAAAGCAGGAGGCCGAU